AUGCAACACCAACACCAACAUCAACAGCCGCAACCUCCACCGUCUCCAUCUCCAUCGCAGCCGACCUCUGUAUCCGAAACCGCUCCGACGCCAUCCUUACCUUCAAUUUCCUCGCCCUCUGCUCAGUCUGCUUCGCUGCCUGCUGUUCUCGCCGCCGCAACAGCUGUCGCAUCAGUCUCCGCCCAUCCACUCGCGCCAAAUCCAGAUGAGCUUCCCCCGCUCCGCCAACCGUCGCCGACCUCACCGGCGCAUUAUACGUUCGAACAACACCAACAGCAGCAGCACCACCAUCAUCCUCACCACAACCUCCACCCCGUUACGCCGCCUCUGAGAAAGGACACAUGCUCCUCCAUCUCAACUCAGGCCACUAGCGCUACCUUGGCCUCCACAGAGACCAAUAACACAUCGUACAGUGCCGACACCUCUCCUAACUUGCACCAGUCCAUUUUCUCUAUAAAGGAUGGCUCCGACGUCUCUAACAACCGCCGCACGAGCAGGAGACGGACCGGGCCCCUUUCUCAGCAGUCCAGAGAACGCGCUGCACUCAUUCGAAAGCUGGGCGCAUGCAUUGACUGUAGGAGGCGACGAGUCGCUUGCCACCCCAGUCAUCAUAAUAUGACAUGGGAAGACGUCGUAACCAAGUUUCAUCGUUCGCAUAGCCCGACUAUUCAGGACAUUGCACCUUCCCUCGCCGCUGCCGGCCGACCGUUGAGCCCCGCCCCCGCGAUCACCAAUGUCCAGGCCUUGUUCCACGAUACCCAGGAAAUGGAUAUCGAUUCCAGUACUCCUGGCUCCAACCUGCCCGGCCGACCUCCGCUUAGUGACGCUCGAAUUCGUACCCCUUUGCCAUCGGGCCCUCGCCUCGAGAAGUCCCUGUCUUUACCUGGCAUCGAGAGCUUCAAGAACGAUCUCCAAUCCAAUGUGGGGCGUAUGCUUUCCACUCCCAGUCGGGAUCGAUACAGUUCUGUGCAGGUUCUGUUCCUGUUCUGGCAAGACGAUGAAGAGGUCCCGAUAAUUCAGACCGCUGUCCGGGAGCUCGCUGAGGUUUUUGAUAAGUAUUAUCGCUACAACUUUCAAGUUCAAGCUAUCCCGUCGUCCUCUGACGGCUGCAAAAGCUCAUGGAGGUGGCUAUCAAGGGCACUCAACGAGUUUGUUGAGGACCGCGAUGAGCGUGAUGUGUUGAAGAUAGUCUAUUACGCAGGACAUACAUACCUCGAUGGCAAUCGUGAGAUGGUUCUGGCAAGCUCGCGAAAUCCAGAACAAGCCUCAACAAUCCGGUGGGGUGGUAUACAACAAACUCUCGAAGAGGCUUGUGCCGAUACGUUGAUUAUUAUGGAUGCUGCAUAUUACCCAUCGUCCAGAAUGGUUCGACAACAGGGCGUCCUGGAACUACUUGCAGCUUCGGUAUCAGAAGAGCAUUAUUACGAUCUUGAUCGCUGUGCAUUCACUCGGGCCCUUGCUGAACAACUGCGAGUCCGGGCAGCACGCUUGAGUCCUCUUUCGGCUGCCGAGCUUCACGCGAAUUUGUUCUCUCAGUACGCCAAAAUGGUCCAAGAUAAGUAUCCAGAGAAAGAAGUAUUGACCAGUUUCCCCUCGCCGCUGCACAUGAUGAUGUCGGGCAACUCGAGGCUUCCGUCCAUCUUCCUUUCUCCGGUGUACCAGAACAGCCCCACGCGAGGAAGUUUCUCUUCGUAUGAGAACAGUCCCCAAUUACACUUGUCUAUUCGACUGGACGAUGACAACGUCGACCUCGAAAGCUGGAAUGAAUGGCUGCGACUGAUGCCGGAAGGUAUCAGGGAUGUCAAGGUUGAAGGGCCGUUCCGAGCUACGUUUAGAUGA